CUUGUUUUAACUUGCAAUACGCCAAUGUCGAUCCUCUAUUUUCUUUACAGGCUCACCUCGCUUUGCUUGAGCAGUACUGUAGCGUAUGGUAAAUACCUCCACCAUUUCUGCCCAAACACCACCACUUUCACCGCAAAAUCCUCCUUCCAACCCCAUCGCGAUCAACUGCUGCGGACCCUUGUCUCUAACGCCACCCGUGACAAUGGCUUUUACUAUGCCUCUGCUGGCGGCCAAAUCUCAAACGAGACCGUCAACGGACUCUUCCUCUGCCGCGGUGACCUGUCCAAAGAUGCUUGCAGUGACUGCUUAUUCGCUGUAGCCUCUGAUGUUGUGAAACGCUGCCCGAUCGAGAAAAAGGCUAUUAUAUGGUAUGACUACUGCAUGAUACGCUACUCUAACUAUUCAUUCUUUUCUAUUGAUGAGGACUCGCCUUUCCACUUCAAGUGGAACUGGAACGAGGAGAAUGUUAGGCAGGAGGGGGAUGCAUUUGAAGCAUCCUUUAACUACGUAGUGGGAAAUACUAUGAAGCUUUUAGUACAACAGGUUGCCAGCGCCACAAAAAAGUUUGCGACCAAAGAAUCGUACACCAAAAUAUUAUUUGGACAGCCGUUCUACAGCCUUGGACAGUGCACGCAGGAUCUGUCCACUGCAGAUUGCAAUAGCUGUCUUACUAGAGCCACAGAAAACCUUCAGAGUAUGAAUGCUACAGGAAAACAAGGGGCGAUUCUUCUAUCACCAAGUUGUAAUAUGAGGUUCGAUUUGGAACCCUUUUACACCGCUCUACCUCCGCCCCCUUCGUAGUAUCCCCUCCUCCGCCACCCUUGGUAGUAUCCCCUCCACCGGCCCCGGUAGCACUGCCAACACUUGGAGGAAAAAGUAAAUUCUUAUCCAAAGUCAUUGUUAGUAUUCUUGCUUCUGUUGCUCUUUGUGUGCUAGUUGUGGUUCUGGCCGGAUUCUAUUUUGGCAAGAGACUCAGAAGAGCAAAACGACAAAAGAACAAAGGUACUCGCAAGAACAAAAAAUAAUUAAA